AUGAAAAUAGCGGAUAAUUAUAUAUCAAAAUGUACACAACCAGAAAUUGUUGCUAGUCGGUUGAUAUCCUUACGUAAUAUUUAUCUUAGAGAAGAACUACGUACAAUUUCCAAUGAAAUUCAAAAAUCAUAUGAAGAACGUUUACCUGCGCUUCAAUUAGUAUCACUUGCAGCUUAUGAACAAGUUUUUAAUAGACAACCAUUAUCUUUACCUGAAGAAUUAAGACGUGAGGCGAUUAAAUAUGGACUUAAAUACUAUCAACUCUAUAUUGAGAAACUGCGAAUCUCAGAAGUACAUAAUGAUCGAUUAACUUCUUCCGAUGGAAAACAUCCAUUGGAAAGGUCACAACGUUCAACAUCAUUAAAAAAGAAAAACAAUAAAUAUAAUUCAAGUGACAAUACAUUUGCUGAUACUGUUAGUUCUUCUUCUUCGUCAACCGAUAUAUCUAAUGAUACAAUUUCUAAUUUAUCUUCUACUGAUUCCUUAUCGGAAACGUUAUCUAAUGAAUCGAUGACAAGUACCACAACUGAUCAAUUAUCCUCAUCAAAUCACGAACUUCACCGUACAAAAUCGCCGCAGAUUGUUGUACAUCGAGCGUCGAAUACUAGUUUAACACCAAAUAAACGACGUGGAAAAAGAAAUCGAUCAUUAAGUAAGAUGACUAUUACAUUUAUCGAUCGAUAUAUAUUUACGUUUCGUUCUGUCGAUCAUUAUUUCCACUAG